UCAGUUACAGGAAUUGUAUGAAUCUUUACUUAGUGACAGAAUUCCUAGAUCAGAGAAACGGAAGGUCAAGCACAAGCUGAGGGAUGUAAAUAAACAUCCAGGAGGCUGCACACACGACAGGGCUGACUCUAUGCCCUCCUGUCACAACUCUAAAUCUAUCAUCCUGCUUGUGUUACAGACAUACGGAGGAGCCUAUUUAAGGGGGGAGUUUUAAAAGAUCUACACAAGCAAAAAAUAUGAGAAGAUCCAUUAGAAAGCUGUUUUAUUCUGUUGCGGAGAAAGAUGAUGAUGCUGGCAUGUAUGAUGGAGUGAUCAUGGAAACUGAUGCCAGAUUGCUUGAGGAAGACCCACAGAAAAUAUUUAAGCUAAUUUCAGAGGGUUCUAUUUGCCGUGUUCGAAGCUUCAUAUUGAAGAACCCUUGCAGUGUGACUGCUACAGAUGACCUAGGUGCCACUCCACUACACCAUGCCGUAAAAAAGGGUCACUUGGAGCUGAUGUUGAUGAUUAUCAAUGACACAAACACUGAAGUUCUAAAUGUACUGGAUUGCAGAGGAAACUCACCCCUUCAUUGGGCGGUGCAGAAAAAUCAAGCAAACUGUGUUAAAAUACUUUUGAGCAGAGGAGCUAACCCAAACAUUUUGAACCACUACAGAUUGUCACCUCUGCACAUGGCAGUUCAGCUGCAUUUUAACAAUAUUGUUGAGGAACUGAUUAACCAUAGUGCAACGAAUAUUGAUCUUCAAGGUGAUCUUGGAAAUUCACCAGUAAUGCAAGCUUGUUACAAGGAUAAUCCUGAAGCACUCAAGCUACUGCUUAAUCAUGGGGCAAAAAUGUGCAAAAGAAAUAAGCUGGGUUGCUUUCCAAUACACAUGACUGCAUUCUCUGGAUCACUUAGAUGCAUGGACAUCGUGUUAAAGAAAGGGGAGGAAAAUGGGUACUCCAUUGAAGAACACAUCAACUUUACAGAUAAUGAAAAAAGCAGUGCCCUCCAUGUGGCAGUUCAAAAUGGAGGCUUGGACAUUGUGAAAGCAUGCAUUUCGUAUGGUGCAAAAGUUGACCUCAAACAGACUGACAAUGCCACAGCACUUCAUUUUGCCUCAACACAAGGAGCAACUGAAAUUGUCAAAUUUAUGGUUUCAUCAUAUACCGGAGAUAAAAAAAUUGUUGAUCUACCAGAUGGAAAUAAUGAGACACCACUUCAUAAAUCUGCUCUGUUUGAUCAUGAUGACCUUGCUGAGUAUUUAAUAUCAGAGGGAGCAAAUAUUGACAGUGUUGAUAACGAAUCGCGCACACCUCUGCUGUUAGCCACUUCAUGCUCUGCUUGGAAAAUUGUAAAUUUACUUAUUGAAAAAGGUGCAAAUGUAACCCUUACUGAUAACCAUGGCAGAAAUUUUCUGCAUUUGACAAUACUACAGCCCGGCGGCCUGAAAAACAUAAAUACAGAAUUUCUCCAGAUGGAGAAAAUAAAGCAACUUGUAAGCAAUGAAGACAACGAGGGCUGCACACCACUUCAUUAUGCCUGCCGACAUGGGGUCCCAAAUUCGGUUAAUAAUCUGAUAGGACUUAAUGUUUCUCUGUAUUCCAAAAGUAAACAGAAAAGAUCAGCUCUCCAUUUUGCUGCUUGUUAUGGUCGUUUCAACACCUGCCAACGACUUCUUAGAUUUGUAUGUGAUGCAAGACUUCUCAACGAUUGUGAUGAAAAGGGACUGACGGCUCUUCAUUUAGCUGCCCAAAAUGGGCACGAAAAGAUAGUUUUCCUUCUUCUGAAAAGGGGUGCACUUCUUUUAAGUGACUAUCGUGGAUGGACAGCUCUUCAUUAUGCUGCUUUUGGCGGCUAUACACGCACAAUACAGACACUCUUGGAUACAUCAAUGGGUCUUAUUGAUAAAACAGACAAAGAAAAGAACACAGCACUUCACAUUGCUGCACAAGAAGGUCAUGCAAAAGCUGUUGGUCUUCUACUGGACAAUGGGGCUACUAUCAAAUUGAAUAUAAACUGUGGUUCUUUCAUUCAUGAGGCAAUACGUCAAGGAAAAAAAGAUGUUGUUUCAACCGUAAUUAAUGGUGACAGGUGGGAAGAAGUUUUGGUUACAUUUUCUCCUAAUUCCACCUACCAAUGUCCAAUUCUUGAAAUGGUAUAUCAUCUUCCUGAGAGCCUAAAAAUUCUUUUGGAUAGAUGUAUGAUGGAAUCUCCAGGAGAUAAGAAAAGCUUUGAUUUUUGCGUUGAAUACAACUUCAAAUAUUUGCAGUGCCCUCUCAGCUUUCAGAGAGCUCAAAAACAGGAAAGAAAAAGGGAUUAUGAACCACUAACCACGUUAAAUGCUAUGGUACAGCAUAACCGGGUAGAUCUUCUUUCACACCCAGUUUGUAGAGAAUAUUUACUUAUGAAAUGGAUGGCUUAUGGAUUUAAAGCGCAUAUUUUGAACCUUGCAGUAUAUUCCUUGGGGCUCAUACCUCUCACUCUUCUGAUAAUUAAUGCUGUUAAGCCAACAUCUUUAAAUGGAACUAUGGCUUCAUCUUCUAACACACUGCAGCUGGAGGAUACAUAUUUCGUGAGGGUGUGCAUGGGCUUAGUGUUCUUCAUGAGUAUAUUUGGAAUCGUAAAAGAGUUGAUACAGAUAUUUCAACAGAAAUUUUUGUAUCUAUUGGAUUACAGCAAUUUAUUAGACUGGGCGAUAUAUAUUUCAAGUAUUAUUUUUGUGUCAUCAUCAUGCAAAACGCCAAUUGCUAUGACAAAAUUUCAAUGGCAGUUUGGAUCAGGUGCAGUGUUCUUAUCCUGGGUUAACUUUUUGAUUUAUCUUCAAAGAUUUGAAAGUUUUGGAAUCUACAUUGUCAUGUUCUGGGAAAUCUUAAGAACAUUGUUGAGAAUUGUCAUCCUCUUCUUUUUUCUACUUUUGGGAUUUGGCCUUAGUUUCUUCGUACUUCUGUAUCCGCAGACAACCUUCAGUACCCCUUACUUUGCAUUAAUGCAGACAUUUACCAUGAUGCUUGGAGACAUCAAUUAUCAAGAUGGAUUUCUUCACCCUUUGAUUGACGAUCAAAUUGCAUACCCAUUUCUGACAUUCAUACACCUCAUAAUGUUCACUUUGCUGAUUCCUAUCCUUCUUAUGAACUUACUUAUUGGUUUGGCUGUUGGUGACAUUGCAGAAGUUCAGCGAAAUGCAGGAUUGAAAAGGAUUGCAAUGCAGGUGAGCCUCCACACAAGCUUAGAAAAGAAACUUCCCCUUUGGUUCUUGAAGAGAGUGGAUGAAGUCAACAUCACUGUGUACCCUAACAGACCAAGAAUCUGGGGAGUUGCCAUUAAUUCAAGUAUUCUCCAAUAUUUACUUAAUUGUGAAACCUGGAGAUCUGAAAUCCCCUGUGAUGAUACUGUUAUGGAAAUGGAGCUUUGGAAACAGAAAAAUAGACUGAAGGAUCUGUCAGUGGUUAUGCAGAAGCAACAUGAGCUCAUUAAACUCAUUAUUCAAAAAAUGGAGAUUGUAUCAGAGGCUGAAGAUGAAGAUCAUGAUCUGUUUCAAAAUAACAAGACAAAGAAGCAGAAACUUGACCGUAAAGAAAGCAAAUGGGACUGUGUGGUGAAGGCAGUAAAAUCCAAAACUUGCGUCAAUUAAGGAGAUAAUGAGCUACUGCUAAUAACAUUUCUAUUUUUUUAUAACUAUACUUUCUCUUUGAGGAACUACUAAUACUUACCUAGUAGAAAAAACUUUAAAGGAAUAGUGUACAGUAAAAUUGGUUCCCCUUAAAGGGACAUUAAAUACUUUGAGAUGGUAACAUAAAAUGCUAAAUCGUAUGUAUAAAAAAAAAACUUUGCAAUACACUUUCAUUAUUUAUUUUGUCCCCGUUUCCGGUAAUUCCAUUCUGAAAUUCUGAAAAGCUUUUAUGUUCCUGUUAGAAAUGGAAGUGCAGAACACAUAUUCCACACAGCCAUUGGCUGCACACUCUAGUGAGCUAUUUAUAACUGUCCCUAAUUGGCCACAGCAGAGAAGAUUACCUAAGUUACAACAUGGCAGCUCCCAUUGUUUUAUAGACACUAAGGCCUAGAUUUGGAGUUCGGCGGUAGCCGUCAAAACCAGCGUUAGAGGCUCCUAACGCUGGUUUUGGCCGCCCGCUGGUAUUUGGAGUCAGUGAUUAAAGGGUCUAACGCUCACUUUUCAGCCGCGACUUUUCCAUACUGCAGAUCCCCCUACGCCAUUUGCGUAUCCUAUCUUUUCAAUGGGAUCUUCCUAACGCCGGUAUUUAGAGUCGUUUCUGAAGUGAGCGUUAGAGCUCUAACGACAAAACUCCAGCUGCCUGAAAAUAGCAGGAGUUAAGAGCUUUCUGGGCUAACGCCGGUUCAUAAAGCUCUUAACUACUGUACCCUAAAGUACACUAACACCCAUAAACUACCUAUGUACCCCUAAACCGAGCUCCCCCCACAUCGCCGCCACUCGAUUAAAAUAUUUUAACCCCUAAUCUGCCGACCGCCACCUACGUUAUACUUAUGUACCCCUAAUCUGCUGCCCCUAACCCCGCCGACCCCUGUAUUACAUUUAUUAACCCCUAA